AUGCAUCUGAAGACUUUCUGACCAAGGUGUUUGAUCCAAGCCUCGCCAGAUCAGGAUUGACUCCGAAUCCUCUUUGAUCCCAGAUCCUGAUCAAUAAAUGCUCUUCUUUGGGACGUUUGAGCAUGCUACAUGAUGCAGCCAUGGAUUCCCAAAUAUUCCUUUGGUUCUUUGCUUGCUGGGUUUUUGUGAAUUCUACAUCAGCACUCAACAAGGAAACAGAGAUUGUACCCCAACAUCGCAUUCAGAAAAGGGGAGCAGAAUAUAUGGAGGCACUUAUGGAGAACUAUGAAGGGCACAUAAACUCAGGAUGCACUUCCAACGAGACAAGGAAAAUCUUUGGGAAAUUGGAGGAGACCAUGUUGAAAGCCCAUUUCCUGGGAUCCCGUCUCAUUAUUAAUUACCCUAAUAUUCAAACAUCAAUAUACAGAAUAAACCGCACCGAAUUCAAAGGGUUGACUAUCAACAGUACAGAUCUCGUCGAGUAUGAUGCCUCAAGACAGAGUCAACAUUCCAUGUGUUUUCCAAAAGCACUCAUGGAGAAAGCCCAAAGGACCCCUGCCAAGGAGAUGAGGCUUAUAUGCAUAUACCUGAAAGCUUCUUGCCUCUUUCAGGAUAAACAAAACAGGUCCUUGCUGAAUGAUGACAUCUUAGGGGCCAGUCUUGGGAAUGUGAGUGUUGCCAACCUCUCUAAACCUGUGGUAAUCAAGUUUUUCCAUAAUCAUUCAUUGGGUAAUUUCAGUAAGACCUGCGUAUUUUGGGUGGAAGGAACAGGAGAGGACAACCUGGGGGAAUGGAGAACAGAAGGCUGUGAAACUGACGCCAGCCAGGAGAGCGUUGUUGUCUGCAAAUGCAACCAUCUGACCUAUUUUGCAGUUCUUCUGCAACUGUCUUCAGAGUCUCUGGAUGAAAAGUUACUGGUCCCUUUAACCUAUCUCAGUGAUAUUGGCUGUGGAAUCUCAGCGUCGGCUUGUUUCAUCACCAUCUUCUUAUACCUUUUCACCAGGAAACCCUAUCACGAUUCCACCACGAAGAUCCACAUCAAUCUUCUGGGCGCUCUUUUCUUUCUCAACACGUCGUUCUUGAUCAGCAAGACUUUAGUUGGCCAUCCGUGGUGGUGCAGCAUCCUGGCUGCCUUCCUCCACUACUCCUUGCUCUGCAGCUUGACCUGGAUGGCCAUCGAGGGCUUCCACCUCUACCUGCUAGUGAUCAAAGUCUACAACUCCUACAUAAGCCGUUACCUGCUGAAGCUGAGUGCUGUUGGGUGGGGGUUCCCUGGAGCCAUAAUCCUGGCCAGCUUCCUUAGCAUGCAGAACGUUUAUGGUCAGUAUGACAUCAAAACCGGCUCUCAAUACAAGAACACGCCCAUGUGCUGGAUCACCUCCCCCAUCUUGAACCACAUCACCUUUGCUUAUGUUGGUGGCACCGUAUUCUUCAACCUGGUCAUCUUGGUGAUAGUGGUGCAGAAACUUAGGCAGCUCAGAGCUCACCCUCUUCAUCGGCCUAAGAAACACACCUGCAAAGACGUGGGAACUGUUCUUGGGAUGACCUUCCUCCUGGGGACCACCUGGAUGUUGGUCUUCAUGUCCUUUGGGGUCUUCUUAGUGCCACAGAUCUUCCUCUUUACGAUCUUCAAUGCCCUCCAAGGAGCCGUCAUCUGUCUCUGGUAUUGCUUUUUACGGUGUCAUUCGGCAUCCAAACACUCACCUGGAUUCUCUCAGUCAUCUGGUUUGUGAAGACCCUGGACCAACGAAAGUCUUGAGCAUUGCACCCAGAUUCAAAAAAAUACAUGCCUGCGUGAGAGACAGUACAACAGCGUGAAUCCUGACUGCAGGAUUUUCCUGUCUAAGGAUUGGGAUAAAUAAAUAUCCGGGCAACACCGGGUUAUCAGCUAGUUUAUUUAUUAAAUCUAUAUGCCUCCCAUCUCUCUGACAGCCCUCGCAUCAACAGUGAGGCAGAAUCAGGCUCAGGGCUUCUGUGUCUGUUCCCAACCACAGACUUAGAGGCCCAGUAAGUGUGAACUCAGCUGUCGUAGGAUAAACGAGAAAGCAGAUGAGAAAUGCUACAUUGCCUUAUUUCCUUUUGCAAUUGAUAUGCCAACCAUUUGUACAAAUUCAAAGUUUCUCUGCUUCGCGUAAAUCAUUUUUAUUUCUAUUUCUCUUAUGGUUAACACACAAAACUGUUGCUAUGAAAGGCUGACUUGUUGCAAAAUAUUUUCCUUCCCUGGAAAUUUCUGUAAUUCCUCUUCUUUCUUCUUUAUCUCAUCUAGAGUCACUUCUGUUUUCUCUUGCUUCUGCUUUUUAUGUUUGCUGUUAGCUUGAAUAAAAGGUCCUCUCGACAAAGCUCUACUCACAUUAUCUUAACAU